UAAGAGCGUUGAGACCAUAGCAUGUUACACAAAAGCUAGCUUUCUCCGUAGUGUUGUCACACAGCUGCCCGACUAGAAGAGCCACUCGCUCAGUAGUGUUGUCACACAAGAUAAGCAUGCCUUAGCCAGCAGGCCGGGCGAAUCUAAGUUCUCUUCCGGUCAACUGUCCACCCAGUCAAGUGCAAAAAACACAGUGGAAUCACGCAACGCACGUAGCUGGUGUGCUUCCUGCCCACGAGGAAAGAAGAGCGACAAGGAUAAGAUUUCACUGUUUGCAGCAUGGGAGCUGAUUACCCAAAUAAUCCCUGGGAAAAAAGAAAAGAUAUCUCGGUAACGAAAACCAUAGGAGGCUGUAUUAGCGAGAUCCAACGGUGAACUGCUGCCCAAAAGAAAACCGCCUGGAAGUCCGAGGACCUUUAGUACCUUACCCUAAACCUGAACCAGCAGCCUUCGCGCCAAGCAACGACCGCCCUUGUCCCCUUUGCUUUUUCCAUUCCGCCUACUUCCUAGCUUUGUUCAGUCAGUCUAAGGCUUUGCUUCAGUGGUUCGCUUACCCACUUUAUUUAGAAAGGGAACUCACUUAACUUCAUUAUAGGAUUUCGAAAGGGAACUCACUUCAUUAUAGGGUUUCAUAGGAUUUCGAAAGGGAACUCACUUCAUUAUAGGGUUUCUGGAUUUGCUUUCCAACCCAUAGAAUUCCUUAAUUUCAUGUAGUUAUUAGCUUUCCGUUUUUCUUUGAUGCUUACGGUUGCUCCUAUACUUAGAGGGCUCAUUUUCUUUUCCGCGGGCUCUUCUUUGAAGCUAUAGUUUGCUAGCAGGGUAUGCUCUUUAGAGUUUCUGGCGUACUAACGCUUUUAUGCCUCAAGAUGCUUACGUUAGCUGGGACCGCAUUCAAUAAUAAUGAAUAGUGGGGAAUUCCAAGAAUAUCCAAUUUUCACAAAGAGGUAUUUUACGAAGAUCUUUCUAUCAAUAGAUAGGAAUGAGUGUUCAGGGGAUAGGAUCCAUCUGCUCUCUCUCUAUUUGAUUUGAGUUUCAAUCCAACUGCAAUAAUAAGAUAGGUAGAUUCUGAUUUUAGAAUGCCUUCUUUUCUUUUGCUUGCCCUAUUUUAGAAUAAGGAAUUUCGGCUCGGGAAAGCGCUGGCAACAACAUCAAGGAAGGGGUCUAUGUAGCUGCCCGCCUACAGAGCAGCAGGUUCGGCAUCUACUACAAAUGAUAUAAUCCACUUAUUCUAACAACGUCUGUGCUAGGCAGCGUGUGGAAUGGAACUUAUUAACAGGCCUUUUGGAUAUAUAAUCCAAGCCGAUAGUGGAGUUACGUGAACAGCCGUCUGAUGGAAAACCACUUUCAUGUUCGGUUCAUAGAGCACUUUUCUCGUUGAGAAUUCCUCGUUCUCUUUUGUGUGAAUUCCCCAGCUAGAAUUAACCACUUUUGGGGCCGCCCCGAAGAAAACCUCCCUCUCUCUCUCUCGCUCGGACUCAAUCUCUCUUUUGACUCAAUAUAUGUGGGCACCCGAUAUCUAUGAGGGUUCACCCACCCCGGUUACAGCAUUCCUUUCUCUUGCGCCUAAAAUCUCUAUUUCUGCAAAUAUGUCACGUGUUUCUAUGGUUGGUUCCUAUGGAGGUACAUUGCAACAAAUCUUCUUUUUCUGCAGCAUUGCUUCUAUGAUCUUAGGAGCAGUGGCCGCCAUGGCCCAAACGAAAGUCAAAAGACCUCUAGCUCAUAGUUCGAUUGGACAUGUAGGUUAUAUUCGUACUGGUUUCUCAUGUGGAACCAUAGAAGGAAUUCAAGCACUACUUAUAUAUAUUUGGAUUUAUGCAUCAAUGACGAUGGAUGCAUUCGCCAUAGUUCCAGCAUUACGGCAAACCCGUGUCAAAUAUAUCUCUGAAUUAGGCGUUCUAGCCAAAACCAAUCCUAUUUCGGCUAUUACCUUCUCCAUUACAAUGUUCUCAUACGCAGGAAUACCCCCGUUAGCCGGCUUUUGUAGCAAAUUCUAUAUGUUCUUCGCCGCUUUGGGUUGUGGGGCUUACUUCCUAGCCCUAGUUGGAGUAGUUACUAGCGUUAUAGGUCGUUGGGCGGCCGGAAGGUUGCCAUGAGUCAGGUUUGGGAAGGCAGUAUUCCGUGCACUGGACACGUAGCUUACCGAAUCAGUUGCGACACGGAUUGGAAUGCAUACUACGAAAUCAAGGGUAGAGUCUUAUACAUAAACCGUCGACUCCAUAUCCUUGUACGAGUCCACAAUCACUACACGAGAUGAACCUGGGUUUGGUGAAUAUAAGUUUGCCUUAGGUCUAAUAGGACUCCCAGUUACAGCGCGCUAUCGUAUACUGAGGUGCUCCCCAUCGGUAGUUGGAACGACGCGGGCCUUGAUUCAAUUCAUCAAGAUUCAGGGACAGAGGAUUUCAGCACCUUAUCAUUUUGGGCAGAAAACGAAUCGACAUCUCCUUGUGAUAAAGCCCUUUCAAUUGAAGUUGGGAAAGAACGGCGAAGUCCAUCCGAAAAACAAACCCCCAAUGAAUAAAUCAGAGGAGAGCCAAGUUUCAAUGGCGCGCGAACGAAGCGCAUGCAGAACGGGCACGGAUAGAGAAAUACAUAAGUGUGGUGGAAGAGACCGAGCUCAUUCCUUUCACUUACUGGGCUGGGCGCAGUGCUUUGUUUCCUGGCAAAAUCAAGGAUUUGGGGCUUAUUCCAAAAUCAAUAGUCUUAGAAAGAUAAGAUGGAUCCCAGAGUCUUAGAAAGAUAAGAUGGAUUAAAGGCAUCGAUUUCUUGUUUCUACUUAUAUCUAAUAAAGGCAUCGAUUUCUUGUUUCUACUUAUAUGUUUCUACUUAUAUCUAAUAAAGGCAUCGAUUUCUUGUUCGCCCCCCCGCUUCAGAAACGGCUCCGCAGCAAUGGAUGGCAGAGGGUCCGUAGUACCCGAAGCACUGGAGUUAUACAGUAACCGGGAAGGGACCUAGAAGUGCCUACAACUUACUACUCAACUUGGCUCCACACAUUUACAGAGCUAACCCCUGUCCAGUGUCUGGCAGAACGUUUGGGGCUUCAAUCCGGACUCCUUAUCCCCUCUCGGCUAACAGAGCCUUACUUAUUCAGGGGAGAGAGUAUAGCCUCGAGAAGCACUCUGGAGAGGAAGAUCCUUUGGCCACUCUUCAUUCUCUACUUUUCUCUCUGCCUACAUGGAAGCGGGGCAGUGAUGGAAAAGAUCAAACACGGGUAUUUCUUUCGGGCUUUAGCAUACCAUAAGAUCAUACACAUUUCUCAUUCCGCUGACUUUCUUUUUCGUCUCCACAAACUCAGAGAAAGAAUCAUCUUCUUCAACUUACUAUACCUAACCCCUUCCUAGAGCCGUGUAUUGUAAGUGAUCCGAACCUGUCCCUUCCUAGAGCCGUGUAUUUUAAGUGAUCCGAACCUGCCCGGAGUGAGCCCCCAAACAAUAGGCAAGUUCCGUUGGUGAGCCGUAUGAUGGGCAACUAUCUCCUGCGGUUCGGAGAGGACUCAGCUCUUAGUUAGUACCCGCUUAGUUUCGGGUUAGAUCUUUUCACUCUAU